UUAAUUAGAUUCCUUCACCAUUGAAUUAUAUACGGGGGAUUCCCAGCUCUCUAUACGCACAUCUCAAUCUCCUUCACUCGUCCUUGACUUUCCUCCUCAUUAUUUUUCUUCCUCUCCUGGGUGCUUUUCUUUGGGUUUUGAUUAUAAUUUCUGCACCCCCCCACACCCAAUAUACAUAAGGAACUUUCAGGACCCUCUCUCUCUCUCUCUCUCUCUCUCUCUCUGGGCUUCUCCACUCCUCUGCAAAUUCUUUCUCUUCUGCUUGGAUGUUCUUGCUUUGACCAACCCCCCCCCGAAUUGCUCGAGCUGUAUAUGCGUUACAAGGGGCUGAGGAGGGUUAAUCAGUUUUUUUUUUGCGAUUUUUCUGUCAAUAAAUUGGUCUCGCUACUGUUUUUUUUUUGAGUUUUCUUUGAAUUUUUCGAUUUUCGUUGAGAUUAAGAUAGAGAGAGAGAUGGUUAAGCAGGGGCCUUGCUAUCACUGUGGAGUUACAAGCACACCUCUUUGGCGAAAUGGACCUCCGGAGAAGCCAGUACUGUGUAAUGCUUGUGGUUCUCGAUGGAGGACAAAAGGGACACUGGCCAAUUAUACCCCUCUCCAUUCUCGAGCCGAUUCCGAAAACUAUGAAGACCACAGAGUUGCCAGAACAAAGAGCGUGUCCGUGAACAAAAAGAAGGAAGUGAAGGUGCUUAAGCGAAAGUAUGAUAGCGAAAAUAUGACUGUAGGAGGAAAUUCACAUGAAUAUAGCCAGAGUUUCCAUAAGUUUGCAGAUGAUGAUACUAGUAACUGGUCUAGUUCUGGAUCGGCUCUUUCAAACUCUGAAAGCUGUGCACAGUUUGGCAGUGCAGAUGCCAGUGAUUUGACAGGUCCAGCUCAAUCAGUUGUGUGGGAUUCGCUGGUGCCUUCCAAGAAGAGGACGUGUGUGAAUCGUCCAAAGCCAUCCGCAGUUGAGAAGCUCACCAGAGAUCUAUACACUAUAUUACAUGAACAACAGUCUUCGUGUUUAUCUGGAUCUUCUGAAGAGGAUUUGCUUUUAGAGAGUGAAACUCCAAUGGUUUCUGUUGAGAUUGGACAUGGAUCGGUCCUCAUCAGACAUCCGAGUUCAAUAGCUCGAGAAGAAGAAUCUGAAGCUAGCUCUCUUUCAGUUGAUAACAAGCAGUUGAAAGUAAAUGAUGUACAUUCUCAUCCUCUGACCAUUCCUGUACAUAACAACAAGUGUGUAAAUCUUCCAAGUUCAAAAGCACAGACUUUAGAGAGUCCUUUUGGGCAAGGGAAGGAACAAGGGCAGCUCAAGAGGGACAAGUCCCAGCAUGAAAAGCUGCGCAUGUUAGGAACUCGAAGUUCUCCACUACUUUCUAUCGAGCUUAGAGAUGUGUUAAACUUUGAUCAGUUUGUCAGACAUUUGACUUAUGAAGAGCAACAACAGCUAUUGAGAUAUCUGCCUCAGGUUGAUAGAGCAAACUUUCCAGAUAGCCUCAGAAGCAUGUUUGAUGGUGCUGCAUUCCUUGAGAACUUAUCUUCUUUUCAGCAUCUGCUGGCUGAAGGGUUAUUUGAUAACUCAUUGUCUGUGGCAAAAGAUGAAGACUACAGGACUCUAAGGAGGCUCGUGCUGUCCAACUCGAUGAAGCACAAAUGGGUUGAACAUUACCACCAAGUCAAGAAACUCAAGAGUGGUUCUGGAAACCCUGGCUCUCAAGGAGGUCAUGAGACUGUAUCUACUAAUUUAAUCAAAGGAAAGGGAAUACAUGACAUUCAGAAACAGAAGUAUACAGAAGUAAAUGCAAAAAUGAAGAGCCCCAGAAGAUUAAUUGUGGGAGGAAGCUCCAAAAACAAGGAAACCGUAGAGAGUGAUGGAUCUUGCUUCAGUCCAAGAAGCCUAUUCGCAGUGCCUCCUGAUGGUGGUGCUCUUUUGCUAGAUUCUUUACAUGUUGCUGAUGAUAACUCUGAGCAGGAUCUGCUGCUCGAUGUGCCAUCGAACAGCUCAUUCCCGCAAGCAGAGCUCCUCCAUCCGGCCAUGAGCUUUGUCUCCCAGCAGGCGAGCACUAGCAGUAGCUCACUGUACCCACAGCUUGUUUAUCCCUGAUGAUGUGGCGUCAUUGAAGCAUUAGGGCCUUACAUAGAUACCCUUUUGGCUAGAGUGGCUUCUUUGGUCAUGCUUGUUGAACAAAAGGAUAAAUCUUUCAUGAGGUUUUAAGGUUGUUUUUCGUCACCAUCUCCUUUUAACUUGGUAUAUUGAGGGGAUGAACAGAGGUGCACUUUUGUAUAGGAAAGAUGAUAGGUGGCAGCGUAUACCUCAGGAUGCAAAUGGUGAUGACUGAUAAUUCCUGGAUAUCUUUUAUACCUCAGUUACUUUGUUGCACAA